CAGUGUGUGAAACCGACUUAUAGACUUUGACGAAUGAGUAUAGUGAUUAAGGGUUUAGUAUUUAAGGAUACAGUUUCCUGUCUAUAAGAGGGAGUUUACUUAAGUGAUAUAGUAGGCUUUGAUUUUAAUUUAUAUUGAGGUUAACUGCAAUACCACCUACAUACCUACGCAUGAUAUAAGAGUAAACAAAAAAGAUCACAAAACACGAGUAUGGAAGCAUUGAGCAGCCUCGAGCGUGGACAGCUUCUGCUGAUCGCUGUGGGCGUAGCCACACUGGGCUAUACCUAUACUAUUCUGAGCAACCCCCUGGCAAGACUGCCUGGUCCCUGGUAUACGUUAUGGACGGAAACAAUGUUGAAGUAUAAGGCUAUUACAGGCCAGAGGCCACAAUGGGUUCAUUCGCUACAUGAAAAAUACGGCGCCGUCGUCCGUAUCAGCCCCAACGAAGUCAGCAUACAAGAUCCGAACGCCGUCCAGCAGAUAUACCAGGUCAAGGGCGAGUUCCUCAAGUCCCCGUUUUACGAGGCUUUCCUACCAGGAGUCAAUAACGUCUUCAGCACGACCGAUGUCAACUAUCACCGACGACACCGAAAGCUCCUCGCAUACGAGAUGUCGGAGUCAGGUUUAAACUCACAUAGACCCACGGUUGAAACCAAGGUUCGUAUGACUAUUGAGGGUAUGGCCGAAGAAAUGGAGAAGCGCGGUGCUACGGAUGUGUUUCGUUGGGCUUUAUAUAUGGCCACCGACGUGAUCGGUGAGCUUAGCUUCGGGUCUUCAUUCCGCAUGCUGGAAACAAGGGAGGAGACCCAAUACAUCCGCGACUUGAAAACGAUAGGAUUUGCUGGAGGCCUCAGGUCAACAUUCCCUUUCCUCACGAAGGUCACUAAGUACAUCCCGCUGCCGGUUCUCAGCGUGGGUCUACAAGUCCGAGACCGCAUGCGCGGAUACGCAACGCAAUCGCUAGGCCGGCACUACAAACUAGUAGAAGAAGGACAGGACGCCAAGCACACGCUCCUAUCUAAGUUGUACCGUGCCUCGGAGAACGACGAAGACACGCUGCCUUUCGAAGAGCUGCGCGAAGAUGCCAUGGCGUAUAUCGCAGCUGGAAGCGACACUACCACUAACACCCUGACAUACCUCAUCUGGACCUUAUGUAAACGCCCCGACGUUAAGGCGAAGCUGCUGGCAGAAUUGAGCACGCUGCCGGACGGAUUCACGGACCUGGACCUCAAGAAGCUGCCCUACCUCGACCAUGUGAUUCAGGAGACGCUGCGCCUAUACAGCGCCGCCCCCUCGGGUCUACCUCGUGUCGUACCCCCGGGAGGUGCUACUCUUGCCGGGCAUUACAUUCCCGGCGGCUACACGGUGUCGUCGCAGGCGUACAGUAUGCAUAGGAACCCGACUGUCUAUCUGGAACCGUUGAAAUUUGACCCUUCAAGAUGGGAGAAUCCGACGAAGGCGAUGAAGGACGCGUUCGUACCAUUUGGUGGAGGCAGUCGAAUCUGCAUUGGCCUGCACUUAGCCAAGAUGGAACUGCGUCUCGCUACCGCGCGGUUCUUCACCCGGUUUCCGAACGCUACUGUCUCCUGUUUAGAGGGAUUCACGGAACAGGACAUGGUCCCUAUCAUGUUCUUCCUCAUGGCGCCGAAGGGCCAACGCUGCUUGAUUAACGCUCACUAAGGUGUGCUGAUAUCGUCUGCUUAACUAGGUACCUGUUAUCUGGCUUUGCGGGUGACCAUGCGGCAUGCUGGAAGAAUACUUGUUAGCUCUAUUUAUAUUGUACUUAUCCGUCGAGAUUAUGAGAUCGGGCUGUCUAUUCAGCGCCUCAGGUACGCUAUGGAAAGAUAUAUACGGGACGAUUAUUCGGCAAACUUGUAUAUACUAUGUAUAAUAAAUUGAAGAUAGGGCAGGUGUACAUACACAGUACAAACGCUUCUUGUAAACCUAAUUACAUAGAAGAUUGGAUCUAGUAGUAUAUACGUUUAAGUAAAUAAAUAGUUGCUUAUAGCGAAGA